AUGUCAAUGAUAUCUGCGGGCGAGCUCGAAAUCCACCGAGAGUUCAAGCCGAAUCCCUGUUCUUUUUACUUGCUCAACAUCGGUAUUGAUACCACACUCGGUAUUCCCAUACUGAUUAUUGCUCUUCGUAUUCUGAAUUUUUUCGCGUCCUACACCCCUCUCGCCAACCCCCCUGAAUCGAUCGAAUCCGGUAAUUACGGUCAACCUCCCAGAGCCAGCUGGUGGCUCAAGCAGUCCUUCAUCUACUUCUUGGGUCUACUCAACAUGAAAGUUUGCGUCUUCUUUCUAAUCCAGUUUCUGCCUUUUAUUGUAAAGAUCGGUGACUGGGCGCUUCGAUGGACGGAAGGAAACACUGCGUUACAGAUUACCUUCACCAUGCUCCUUUUCCCGGUCAUCAUGAACGCUAUUCAGUACUACAUCAUCGAUAUUUUCAUCAAGAAACCCUUAUCACACGAGCUCUAUACUGAAGAGCGAGGUAACGCAACUUCCGACGAAGAUCUCCAUCGGCAAGGCCUUCUCGCGGGCAUGGAUGAGGAUGAUGCAUCUGACGAUGAUAUCGCGGCAGACCCUAGGAAGACAGCCUCCACGGACACUAAAGCCGCUAUCGCUGAAUCAGAGCAGGCUCUGGCUGAAGAUACUCCCGUUCCUCCAUAUGAGCCACCCGGUUCGAGCUCAAGUGGCGAUGAUCAAGAUAACAAGCACUCGCGGCCAGUUGGAUGA